AUGGCCGCGGCCGGAGUUCCAGCCAACCGUGUCACCUACAACGUCCAGCUCAAGGGGUACUGCCAGCAGCUGCAGAUCGGCAAGGCCAGGGAGCUCUUUGAGGAGACGGUGACGGAUGCCGGCAUCCAGCCCGGCAUGGUGACAUACAACACCCUCAUGGACGGGUGCGUGCUCAGCGACGACAGCACGGGCGCCCUAGCCUUCUUCAACGAGAUGUGGUCACGGGGCAUCGCGCCGUCCACGGUGAGCUACAUGACGCUGAUGAAGGCGUUCACUGUGUUGGGGCAGCCCAAGGUGGCGCACAAGGUGUUCGAGGAGAUGGAGCGGGACCCCAGGGUGACGGUGGACAGGGCUGGUGGAGACGGCGAAGCAGGUGGUAGAGAGGAUGAAGGAACGCGGCGUGCAGCCGGACGUGGCGACGUACGGCAGCCUGGCGAAGGGCAUCAUGAUGGCGCGCAAGCCAGGGGAGGUGCUGGUGCUCUGGAACGAGGUGAAGGAGCGGUGCCUGGAGGAGGCUGA